AUGGCCGCCACUGCUGCCCCGACUCGCUUCCAUAUUGCCGCGACGGGCCACAGCCUCAAUUACCUGCCGCAGUAUAUUGCCGAGCGCCACGGCUAUUUCCGGGACGAGGGCCUCGCGAUCUCGGUGUCGGUCCCGUCGCCCUGGGACAAUAUGCUCGAGGAACUUGGCGACGGCACGGCCGCGGCCGCCCUAGGCGGCAUCUGGGUGCCGUCCAUGUACCGCAGCGCGGGCAAGCAGUACACGGCCUUUGCGCAGCUGUCCAACCGGUGUCCGCUGGCGCUGGUAGCGCGAGGCGGUGUCGUCGACAAGACGGUGCUUUUAAAGUCGGGCAACGGCGCCAGCGUCGGGCUCUUCUUCAAGAUGCUGCUGCGCGAGCACGGCCUCGACCCGGCUGCGGACCUGGCCGGCCCGAUGCUGCACGCGCUCUUUGAGGGCGGCCUGGGCGACUAUUUCGUGCUCGACAUUGUGUCGGCGCGCAUCCUGGCGCAGACCAACGCGGACGUGCACGUGGUCCUGGAGAUGGCCGCGGACGGCGACGCGAUCCCCUGGAGCGUGUACUACUGCGAGACGGAGACGCUGGGCGACGAGGCGGUCGUGGACGCGCAGACGCGGUUCUGCACGGCGCUCGAGCGGGGCAUGCGGCAUCGAGGCAGAUGUGGUUGA